AUGACGGUCAUUCCCCAAGUGCUACCGUCACUGCCCUACCAACCAACCAUAGUAGCUAGAGCCCUGACUACCAAAGUUAGCAGCACUAGAAGAUGCAGUUGGUGCUGUCACAGGCACACCAAUACCCCAGGCAACAUGAUCAGGAUCGAAUGGGCCCAUGCCGGGAUGUACAACUCAUCAGCUCCCCGUGUAAGCGACAUAUCUCCACCCUCAUACUGGGUGACAUUAUCCGGGGCACACUCCCCCUUGGUCAUCGGUGUGCCACACGCAGCCGGAACAAAUCUCACGCUUACGGGAGGUGGAAAUUUCUGCGGACUGCGUUCUCUCGGGGUACUCCCCAGACUCGGUUGGUCAUUUCCCCCAACUCAAACGUCCCAGUCCACAUUAGGCCUUAAAGUCCCCCUCCCCCUGCUAAAGGAACUGAACACAUGGUCCAUCUCGUUGAAAGCGUUUGCGCCAUUUGAUAAUUCUAAGCUCCUCGCUCAUCUACCUCUGGGGAUGCUAUUUUCAAUAGCUUGCAUAUCUUUCGUACAGUUCUUUUGUAUUUCUUCACGUGAAUACUUGAAAAAGGAUAUCGAUGUUCCUGGAAACUGUACAGGACCUGAGAAAUGUUGUGCUGGAUAUAGAUGGGACGAAGACGCAUCAACUUGUAUAAAAUGCCGAGAAGGUUACUUAGGACUAAACUGUGAAAAAAAGUGCCCAUACCCAACUUAUGGCGUAGAUUGUCAGAAAGUCUGCAAUUGUAUUGAGUCUGAGUGUGACAUCACAUAUGGAUGCAAAAAAUGUGAUGGUUUGUCUGGAAAAAUCUGUGAAGAACAGUGCCCUUAUCCAACUUAUGGAAUAGGUUGUCAAGGAAAAUGCCACUGUGCUGAAAUAAAUUGCGACAUCAAGCUGGGAUGCACUAGAGGACACAACAAACAACUAGAUGAGAAGACUGAGAAAGUAUCCGAUGCAUCCGUUUCCAAUUUUACUCAACAUCCAAUGGGGGCUCUUUUCCUGGACUUAAAAAGAGAAAUGCGGUCAUAUUUAAUUGGAAUUGUAUCAGUUGUGCUCUUGAUUUUUAUUAUGCUAUUGUUAGUCAUUUUAGGUAUAAGAGUAAAUGCAAUUUCUUUGUUAAGGAGAGAUGUAUCUCUAAUGAAACAUUUAAACCCAAGAAACAUUAUGUAACCAUUAGUCCCACUGGAGAGUCAAGCAAUGAAAAUAGCUAUUGUAAU